AUGUUGUUAGUUUUUCUAGAAGGCUGGGAAGAAUGGUACCAGAAAAAUCAAGAUGAGCUCCAAAGUAUUGGGAGAGGUUAUGUUUGCAUUAUAUUUGGAAAACUUCACUUGAGCACAAGCCAUAUUUCUUCAAGACAAAGACUCCAUAAGUAUACACAUGGAAAAACUUUGACACAAGGUUCAGGCUCAUUCACAAAUUAUGUAAGGAGGAAUCUUGGUAUGUUACAUGAAUAUGAAAACUCAUAUUUUCUCAAGCCUCAAAGAGCUCAUUCCAUAAAAAAAAACUGUGUAUGUGGUGAAUGUGGGAACGCUUUUCGUUGUAGGUCACGGCUCCUUGUACAUCUCAGAAUUCAUACAGGUGAGAGACCUUAUGAAUGCACCAAAUGUGAAAGAACCUUCCGUGCCAAGUCAAAUCUUAAAGCCCAUCAAAGAGUUCAUAGAGGAGAAAAGCCCUACACAUGUAAUGAAUGUGGGAAGGUGUUUUCCUUCAGGUCACAGCUUAUUGUUCAUCAGGAAGUUCACACAGAAGGAAAACCCUAUGGUUGCAGUGAGUGUGGGAAAACCUCCAGCUGGAAGUCACAGCUUAGUUUACACCAGAGAAGUCACACCGGAGUGAAACCCUAUGAAUGUAGUGAGUGUGGGAAAGCUUUCAGUUUGAAGUCACCAUUUGUUGUGCACCAGAGAACUCAUACCGGAGUGAAACCCCAUAAGUGCAAUGAAUGUGGGAAAGCCUUUAGGAGUAAAUCAUACCUGCGUGUACACAUCAGAAUGCAUACAGGAGAUAAACCUUAUCAACGCAGUGAUUGUGGGAAAGCCUUCAAUAUGAAGACCCAACUUGUUGUACAUCAGGGAAUUCACACAGGUGAGAAACCCUAUGAAUGCAGUGAAUAUGCGAAGGCUUUUGGUAGGAGGGAACAGCUUAUAGCACACCUGAGAGCUCACACAGGAGAGAAGCCCUAUGGAUGUAAUGAAUGUGGAAAAGCUUUUAGUAGCAGGUCAUACCUUGUUACACGUAGAAGAACACACACAGGUGAGAGACCCUAUGAGUGCAAUUUCUGUGAGAGAGCCUUUUGUGGGAAAUCACAGCUGAUUAUACCCCAGAGAACUCACUCGACAGCAAAGCCAUAUGAAUGCAACAAAUGUGAAAAGGCACACCCUAGGAAGGCAUCGCUCCAGAUACACCAGAAAACUCAUUCUGGAGAGAAACCUUUUGAAUGCUGUGAAUGUGGAAAAACCUUUACUCAGAAGUCAUCCCUCAGUGAACAUCAGAGAGUUCAUACAGGAGAGAAGCUCUGGAAAUGCUCUGAAUGUGGGGAAUCCUUCUGUUGGAAUUCAGGGCUUCGAAUACAUCUAAAAACUCUUAAGUUUUUAGUCACUAAUUUCUUAAACUGUCCCUCAGCUGGCCCGCCGCUCCGCUCCCAGGCAUCCUCGUCUCUAGGCAACCGGCACUUCCGCGACGCGGGGCGCGGCUGGCGAGCGGCACUCUGGGAAGGGUUUGCGCGGCCCCUGGCUCUCGCGCACGCGCACUCGCGGCGCUACCGCCGCUUUCGACUUGCGCCCUUACCCUUUGUCCUCAGUUUGGGCUGA